AUGAAGAUCGCUCUCGUCGUUCUAGGUAAGUCAGUGUUGUUCCUAGUUGAUUUUUGUCUUAGGACUAUUUUGUGUUGGCACACAGGCUUUAUACGAUAAGCGAGAUGAUGUGAUUGAGCUGAAUGACAACAAUUUCAAGAAGGAAAUUUUGGAUUACGAUGGUGUCGCCAUUGUCGAGUUCUUUGCCCCAUGGUGCGUGACGUUUGCCUCUGUUUUUUAUUACUUAUUUAGGUGCGGACAUUGCAAGAACUUGGUUCCUGAAUACAAGAAAGCUGCCAAAGCACUUAAGGGAUUAGUGAAGGUGGCAGCACUUGAUGCCACUCAAGCCCAAGGACUCGCAUCCCGGUUUGGUGUUCAAGGAUAUCCCACCAUCAAGAUCUUUGGAGCUGAUAAGAACAAACCAAUUGAUCACAAUGGUUAGUUAAACAGUUGUAUUUGAAUGCUGUUUUUAGGAGCUAGAAGUGCUCAAGCGUUCACAGAUGCGGCAUUGAAUGAGGUUAAGAAGGUUGCUUCGAGCAGAUUGGGAGGAAAGUCAUCUUCUGGUGGAUCUAAGUCGUCCGGCGGUAGCAAGGGAACCGUCAUUGAAUUGACAGAUUCUAACUUUGACAAGAUUGUUUUCAACAGUAAGGAAGGGGUGAUGGUGGAAUUCUUUGCCCCAUGGUGCGGCCAUUGUAAGAAUCUGGAGCCCCAUUGGAAGGCUGCUGCUGGAGAAUUAAAAGGAAAAGUCAAGUUCGCUGCUCUCGAUGCUACUGUUCAUCAAGGAAAGGCGUCUGAAUACCAGAUCAAAGGAUUCCCGACGAUUAAGUACUUCCCGCCUGGAUCUUCCUCUUCAUCCGAUGCUGUCGAUUAUCAAGGAGGAAGAACUACUUCUGACUUGGUUGCCUUUGCUUCUUCUAAGGCUGCCGAGAAUCUUCCACCGCCGGAACUCAAACAAUUGGUGUCCCAGGUGUCUUUCAAUGAAGCUUGUGAGAACAAACAGCUUUGUGUCAUCACAUUCCUCCCUCAACUUCUUGACUGUCAGUCCAAGUGCCGAAACGAUUACAUAAAAUUAUUGAAAGGAUUGGCUGAGAAGUUCAAAAAGAACCCUUGGGGAUGGCUGUGGUCCGAAGCUGGUGUCCAAGGAGACCUGGAACAGUCCGUAGACGUCGGUGGAUUUGGAUACCCUGCCAUGGUCGCCGUUAAUCCAAGGAAGUUGAAGUACAGUACCUUAACAGGAUCAUUUGGCAAAGAUGGAAUCAGUGAAUUCUUGAGGGACCUUUCUUUUGGGCGUGGAAAGACUUCGUCUAUUAGAGGGUCUGCUCUUCCAGAAGCUCAGACUGUCUCAGCUUGGGAUGGAAAGGAUGCUGAACUGCCCAAAGAAGAAGAGAUCGAUCUCUCUGACGUUGAACUAGACGUCUUGGAUGAUAGUUCCAAGACUGAACUCUAG